UUGAUAAGUGUUUGGAUAUGCAUGGUCAUCUUUGCAUUUGGGUCUGAUGUCAUUAAUGUAGUGGAGGUCAUGACCCCCUCUGGUUGGGUUAGGGGAUACGAGGAAUUACAUAACGAAGGGCAGGUGUACAGAUUCGUAAAAAUUCCUUAUGCUCAACCUCCAUUAGGAGAUUUGCGUUUCCGAAAACCAAAACCCAUUGGAUAUUGGGAAGGAGUGGAGGGUAUUCGAGGAGUAAAUGCACCACAGUGUUCUCAAAUGCCGUCCCCAACGCCUGGAUUUGACGUACUGGAAACCGACGAAGAUUGUCUAUACCUUAAUAUAUAUGUACCUGGAAAAAUUUCUGAAUAUAGAAAUCUGUCUGUGAUGGUUUGGAUUCAUGGUGGGGGAUUUGUGUUUGGUGGAGCUAGUCAGUACAAACCUCAGAAGUUAGUUCUAGGAGGUGAUGUAAUUGUUGUUACCAUAAAUUAUAGAUUAGGUAUUCUGGGGUUUUUGAAUCUGCACGACCCUCUAGCACCUGGAAAUUACGGUCUUUGGGAUCAGAUCGAGGCUUUGCGGUGGGUUCAGAAUAACAUUGCAGCAUUCGGAGGCAACCAAAAAUCCGUGACAAUAUUUGGACAGUCAGCUGGUGCCAUGAGUGUGAGUCUUCAGACACUGAUCCCAUCAAACAAAGGGCUUUUUCAAAGAGCCAUUUCACAAAGUGGAGUAGCUUCAUUUUUUUCUAUUUCGAGAACACGAGAAGAAAAACAGACCAAUGAUAUGGUACUUAAGAAAACAAAUUGCAAAUGUAAAGUGAAUAUUGAAGAAACUCUAAAAUGUUUGCGAGAAGUACCUGCAGAAAAACUAACAGCGACAAUAGACAUGACAGAAUUUCAGAAACCUUUAAAUUUAACUUUUGUGCUUGGUAGCUUGGUUCCCUCAGUUGAUGACGAUUUGUUCAAAGAAAAUUUGGCAUAUCCAAAGUCUUGGGACGACGAGGUUUAUCGCUUUUUCCGAAGCAUUGAUUUCAUAUCAGGAACUUUAAACGGAGAGGGAAAUAUGUUGUAUAUGAUGUUUUCUACAGAAAUUCAAAAAAAGUUUGGAUUCAACCCAUUGGAACGGGUUCCCUUAAAUGUUUUAUGUGAAAUAACUGCGCCAUUAUUCGUAGAUAUAGUUGCUGGAAAUAUUCCGGAACUAACUCAGGAAAUCUGCGAGUUUUACACUUCCUUUAAAGGUGACGAUGAGCAGAGUAUGAAAGUGGCUGAUUUCCACGGUGACUCAUGGUUUAUCGUACCUAGCAAUAACAUGUUAGAAAUUCAUGCAAAAAACAACAAUAAAUCUAAAACAUUUCAAUAUUUAAUCACCAAACCAAGUCCUUUUCCCUUUUUUCAAGAACCACCAUCCUGGUUCAAAGGGGCUGCUCACGGCGACGAAUUGCAUCUUAUGUUUAAUGUGACUCACGAUCAUGUCCCAGAGGAGACUUUGAAAAAACAUGACCUUGUGGCCGUAGAGAAGUUGUCUAAAGACGUCAUUAAAUAUUGGACUAAUUUUGCCAAAUAUGGUGAUCCCAAUGCGGAAGGACUUCCAAACUGGCCGUCAUUUGAUACUCUCACCAAGAAAUAUGCAAUCCUGGACACUCCAAUAACAGAAGGAGAAAGUCUCAAAGCUAACGCCACGCAUCUUCUUAAAAAAGUAUAUCUCAAAGGGCAACCUAAUGAUACGCAGGAUGAAUUAUACAACAGUAGUCCAUGUACUUCGGACUCUAGAAAGAAUGCUAUGAUCGUGUCCAGUAUCAACAUUCCUUAA